AUAAGAUAGAAUCUUGGUAGAGUCUAAAUGGAUAUUAAGCUGAAUUAUGAUACGGUUGCUUUUGCAGUGUAAGACAAACUGUAUACUCAUUGAAUCUUUAGGUCUCCGCAAUUCCGAUUGACCCUCAAUCUCAGACUUACGUGCAGCUACUUCAGGAAAGCGAAAAUGUUCAGAAUCAAAUGAAGGAGUCCACAUCUACAGUACUGCAGAACAUUGCUUCCUACGACACGUACAUAAAAAACAUGUCUGACUCAAUACUGGCCGAGCAGCUGCAAUCAAUACAUGAAAAAAUCUCAGGGAUGAAAGCAAAUCUGGGCAAACGGAUCCAAAAAAGAAGCGCUGGAAGCUCUGAAAACACCAAAGACUUUUUAACAAAGUGCGUGAUCAACGAAGACGUCUUGGAUCGACUAGCCGAUGAAGUCAACGAACAGAUAAAGACGUGCUCCACUGUCGCCAUGGCGGAAAUGUCAAAUGUCGUAAGUUCGAGCAUGGCGGAUGCGCAGGCGUUCAUGACCUUGCCGAAUGUCAUAGGCAGUGACGUACAGCGGUGUGGGUUGAACAAGGAGUGCAGAUGGGAUAUCGUACAACACAGCAUUUGGAAGCACUGCAGGUUCCACCAAAGAUAUACUCACUCACAGCCAAGAUACAGUCACUGGUACUGAAGACAGUGAUCUCAAUAGACUCCUGUGGUUUGAAAGGACUACGAAAUAUCGGAGAAGUCGGGGUGCAACUCAUGCAGGAUGUUUACAAUUGUAUCAUGGAUGAAGUAGAAAUGGCAAACUAGAUCCGACUAAGGAAUGGCAUUUGUAACGUCCAUGAAAAAUAAACUCAAAAUGAACAAAAUUUUACAUUUAGGCACUAUUUAUUGAAUGUUUACGCCAUAUUGUGAUGAAGUCGUGGUUUACGACUGAUGACUAUUACCGCACCCAGUAUUACCUUUUGUUAUUAUUUUUAUAGACAAAUUUCAAUAAAUAUCUAUAAUAUUGUAAUUACUUAUUUGCUAUACUUAUGUAAUACUGGAUCCCUUGCCGUCGCAAGUACAAGUGAUACACAGUUUCACAAACAGGUCCCUUUGUCGAGGAUCUAGAAUUGUUGAGCGGUAAAGCCGGGUAGUAUUUGAGCUUAUUAACUACUGGAUAUCUUUCUGUAACUAUUUGCAUGAUCCAGUGGAAAUACAAGCAAACACGUCAAUAACAUGUAUAUAUUUAUAUUGUAUGUGUGGAAAGUGCGAUAUUGCCCAAUCGAGUGUUAAAUCUGACUAGAUAAAGAUUAUAUAGCUGUGCAAAGUUAGCACUGGGUAAAUAUCUCUGGAAAACAGGAGCGAGAGUAGAAUGUAGCAAGCUUUUAUACUGGGUAAAGAUAAUAACAUUGGGAUAGGUAUGAAGAGUUGAAUCGUUCGUAAUAAAGUAUUUAGUAGCUCGCAUCGCUGGUCUUCAUCGAAAAAAGGUCACAAAUCAGCUACGUAUUUCAUGCAGUUCAAAAAGUUUUA